UAUUCAUAUAUUUCUCCAAGUGUUCCCUCGCCUAUUCUCUCGGCUGUCUCCGUAGAAGCCUCUUUUGCCCCGUUUCUCUCCGUAAUCUCUCAAUCAGCCAAAUGGGAAGGCGAGUGGGUUUGGCAGACCAAUUGGCGCACUCCCACUCCCCCAAGACGAUGAUCGGAUCUGAUCCAAUCCGAUACGGCCCUAUUGGAUGCCCAGCGACCCCAGGGACCCGUACCUUGGGGUUUAUUCCGAUUUUUCGCCUCAGCUUCGUUCAGUCGCGUUCCGGUAGUCGGUGGAGCGAUCUCGUCGUGCGCCGAUUUCAGUUUCGUGCUUUUUUUUCCCCCAUAUUUAUUCGGCGGGCUGGGUCAUCUGUGUAUCGGGCACGUACUGGCCGAUUGUCUCGGAAUUCCAGACCCUAUAACAGUGUUGCCAAACUAAUGUGCCAUUGGUAACAAGUUCAGUCUGGAAACGGCCAACAAAUGACGUUUCGAAAGUGAAAAUCUAUUUGUAGUCCUCUGAAGAUAGACUCCAGGAGGAAUAUCCUUUUUGUGAAAGAACUGUUAAAAGUAUGGAGUGGACGUGGUUCAAGGACUGGUGGCGCCUCAAGAAACUCCGUUCGCGACACCAGAGGCACAAGAAAAAGCUCGAGGCCGCCGCUGCUGCCGCUGGAGCAGCCGUAACUGCCGCCACGGCUCUGCCCGGAUCCGAUAUUCCGGAGAGCCUGGGCGCCCAACAGCCCCAAUCUAUCCGUCGCCAUAGUAUGGACCCCGGGCCCGGCGAUGGCGGCGUCCGAAGGCGGCGCAGGGCUCGUGGCCGUGACCGUCUGCGCCGGAAUCGCUUGCUGCAGCAAAGGCAGAGGCGCAGCCAGAGUGCCGGAGUCCAGGGCGGCAAGGAGAACCUGCCGGGCUCGUGGCCAAAUAAGGACGAUGACGACGGAGAGUACGGUCCCUUCAAUGUCAGCGACUACGAGGACUACGCUCCCAUCCACGGAAGCGACGAGGACAGUGACGACUUCUGCUUCUGCGAUAUUUGCUUGAACGGCGACACUGACUUCGGGGACAGCAAUGACGGGAUGGACUCCGACACCAGCACCUCCUCCAGCAACAGCAAGCAGGUGGUCGUGGGAAUAUGUGCGAUGGCCAAGAAGACACAGUCGAAGCCGAUGAAGGAGAUCCUGACGAGACUCGGCGAAUUCGAGUUCAUCAAGCUGGUCACGUUCGAGGAGAAUGUGAUCCUGCGAGAGCCCGUCCAGAACUGGCCCACCUGCGAUUGUUUGGUCUCGUUCCACUCGAAGGGAUUCCCGCUGGAGAAGGCCAUCGAGUACGCCCAGCUGCGGAAUCCGUUCGUGCUGAACAACCUGCAUAUGCAGUACGACAUCCAGGAUCGCAGGCGGGUCUACGCCAUUCUCGAGAAGGAGGGCAUCGAGAUACCGCGCUACGCCGUCCUCGAUCGGGACUCUCCCGAUCCAAAGCAUCAUGAACUCAUCGAGUCAGAGGACCAUGUCGAGGUCAAUGGAAUUACCUUUAACAAGCCCUUCGUGGAGAAACCGGUCUCGGCGGAGGACCACAACAUCUACAUCUAUUACCCGACGUCAGCGGGCGGAGGAAGCCAGCGGUUGUUCCGGAAGAUUGGCAGCCGGAGCAGCGUCUACUCGCCGGAGUCGCGGGUGCGCAAGACAGGCUCCUUCAUCUACGAGGACUUUAUGCCCACCGAUGUAUACUUUUCAGGCACGGACGUCAAGGUGUACACCGUGGGCCCGGACUACGCCCACGCCGAGGCCAGGAAGAGCCCGGCCCUGGACGGCAAGGUGGAGCGCGACAGCGAGGGCAAAGAGAUCCGCUACCCGGUCAUCCUCAACCACUCCGAGAAGCUCAUCUCCCGGAAGGUGUGUCUGGCGUUCAAGCAGACUGUCUGCGGCUUCGACCUGCUCCGGGCCAAUGGCAAGUCCUACGUGUGCGACGUGAACGGCUUCAGCUUCGUGAAGAACUCCAACAAGUACUACGACGACUGCGCCAAGAUUCUGGGAAACAUGAUCCUGCGGGAGCUCACGCCUACGCUGCACAUCCCGUGGUCGGUGCCCUUCCAGCUGGACGAUCCCCCGAUCGUGCCCACCACCUUCGGCAAGAUGAUGGAGCUGCGCUGCGUGGUGGCCGUCAUCCGCCACGGCGACCGCACCCCCAAGCAGAAGAUGAAGGUGGAGGUGCGCCACCCCAAGUUCUUCGAGAUCUUCGAGAAGUACGACGGCUACAAGCUGGGCCACGUGAAGCUGAAGCGGCCCAAGCAGCUGCAGGAGAUCCUGGACAUAGCCCGCUUCCUGCUCAGCGAGAUCCACACCAAGGCCCACGCCGAGAUCGAGGAGAAGGAGUCGAAGCUGGAGCAGCUAAAGAACGUGCUCGAGAUGUACGGUCACUUCUCGGGGAUCAACCGCAAGGUCCAGAUGAAGUACCAGCCGCGGGGAAGACCUCGUGGCUCCAGCUCGGACGACAGCAAGUCAGCGGACACACCCGUUGAGCCCUCGCUGGUGCUCAUCCUAAAGUGGGGCGGGGAACUGACGCCGGCUGGAAGGAUCCAGGCAGAGGAGUUGGGCCGAAUCUUCCGGUGCAUGUAUCCGGGCGGUCAGGGCAGAUCGGACUAUUCCGGCACCCAGGGACUGGGCCUUCUGAGGCUGCACUCCACAUUCCGUCACGAUCUGAAGAUCUACGCCUCGGACGAGGGGCGAGUCCAGAUGACCGCCGCCGCCUUUGCGAAGGGUUUGCUGGCCCUGGAGGGCGAACUCACGCCCAUUCUCGUCCAGAUGGUGAAGAGCGCCAACACAAACGGACUGCUGGACAAUGAUUGCGACUCGAGCAAGUACCAGAACUUAGCCAAAGGACGUCUGCACGACCUGAUGCAGAAUGAUCGCGAGUUCACCAAGGUGGACCGCGAGCUGAUCAAUCCCUGCAACAGCAAGUCCAUCAACCAGGCCCUGGACUUUGUCAAGAAUCCGGUGGACUGCUGCCACCACGUGCACCUGCUCAUCCGCGAGCUGCUGCACAUCAUCAGCAUCAAGAAGGACGAUCCAAAGACCAAGGACGCCAUCCUGUACCACGGCGAGACCUGGGACCUGAUGCGCUGCCGCUGGGAGAAGAUCGAGAAGGACUUCAGCACCAAGUCAAAGCUGUUCGACAUCUCCAAGAUCCCGGACAUCUACGAUUGCAUCAAGUACGAUCUGCAGCACAACCAGCACACGCUGCAGUACGACCAGGCCGAGGAGCUCUACAUCUACGCCAAGAAUCUGGCCGACAUCGUCAUCCCCCAGGAGUACGGCCUGACACCGCAGGAGAAGCUGGCCAUUGGUCAGGGAAUAUGUUCGCCACUUCUCCGGAAGAUUAAGGGCGACCUCCAGCGGAACAUCGACGAGGUGGAGGACGAGUUCAUGAACCGUCUGAAUCCACACUACAGCCACGGUGUGGCCAGUCCCCAGAGGCAUGUAAGGACCCGGCUCUACUUCACCAGCGAGUCGCACGUCCACUCGCUGCUCACAGUGCUCCGGUACGGCGGCCUGCUAAACGUCGUCACGGACGAGCAGUGGCGCCGGGCCAUGGACUACAUAUCGAUGGUGUCCGAGCUCAACUACAUGUCCCAGAUUGUCAUCAUGCUGUACGAGGAUCCCACGAAGGACCCCACAUCGGAGGAACGCUUCCACGUCGAGCUCCACUUCAGUCCGGGCGUCAACUGUUGCGUGCAGAAGAACCUGCCGCCGGGUCCAGGAUUCCGGCCACACUCCCACGGCGACAAUGCCUGCAACGUCAGCCUGCAGUCCUCGGACGAGUCGAAUCCUUCGCGGAUCGAGGAGGAGAACGACUCCGCCUGCUCCAACGAAGACCAGCAGAGCAAGAAGCGAGGGAAUGGCCAGCGGAGCGGAGAUCGCAGCGCCGAGCGACAGACGGCGGCGAGCGGGAUGGCCUUUGGAUUCAAUCGCCUGGAGCUGCGCUCCAAGCAGUUCAAGUCGAAGCCCAUACCUAUUGGGGCCCACCACACGGUCAGCGGGCACGAGGCCAUGGAUCUGGCCAAGAGGCUGAACGAGGAGCUGGCGUCGCAGCAGCAGGCCCAGUUCUCCCAACAGCAGCAACAGCUGCGGCCCAUCAGUCCCGACAUCCGGGCGGUGAGUCCGGACUGUGAGCCGCGAUCCCGCAGCUUCGAGCAGAGGGCCACCUCCGGCGUCUGUCCCAAGGAACCGGCAGGGCCUACUUUCGGGGAGAUAUCCAAUGCUCGGGUGGGCGUGGCCAGCUCGAAGGGAUCGGAUCCCUCGGGCGCCAAUCGAACUGCUCUCCAGAUCCGUGUCACGGACAGCUUGUCCUUCUUCAAGAUCGACUCGUCCACCAACGAGUUGCCGUUGUCCGACAUUGACUUCUCUUUGAGUCCUGGGACGCCACAGUGCGGUCCGUCUGGCCACAAGCGCCUCCAUGUGCUGACCAUGCGCCGCAUGGAGAGCUGCGACGAAGGCGACGACCUGGAGAACCUGCAACAGCUGCAGCACUUGCCGCAGAUCUCGCCCCUGGCCACCAACGAACGCCCUCUGAGCUGCAACUGCAGCAGUUCGAUGGUGCAGGAGCACUCGCACUCGAAGAGCCUGAUCGACCUGGCGGGUCCGGCUCCCUGUUCGCCGGAAGCGGCCCCGCCAAAUCCGGAGCAUCCCGGCUGCGGCCACGGCGACCCGGUAACGGAGGCGAGUGCCAGCAGUUUCGACGACGACUUCCAGUUGUCCAGCUCGGCUCCGGCCAUCCUGAUGAGCUCUCAGUUCGGCCAGCGACCGGUGGUGGCCUCGCUCUCGCCUAUGCAACAUGCCACCACCUCCCCGACAGCCUCAACGCUGCGCCUCUGCCAAGACAUGGACAAGGCCGCAGUCUCGGCUUCUUCCGCAGCCGCCUCCUCCGUGGCGCAGCGCAAGGCCACCAGCAGCUCCUGCGGCCAGUUGUCCAUGCCGGCCUCGGCACCGGUCCUGGCGGAGAAUCCCUUUCGCUUCAGUGUUUCGCCUGCCAAUGCGCUCUCCGGCGGCUCCUUUGUGAACUGCUUCGAACCCAUAGAAGAGCAGGUCACGACCACAAAUGAGGCAGUUCAAGGUCCAGGACAGGCUCAGCCACAGGCCCAGGUGGUCUACAAUCUGCCGAGGCUGUUGGUGACGGCCUCGGCAAGUACCACAGAACUGACAAACGCGAAAAACGCCGUCUCCAACGACUGGGUGACUUCACCAACGACAUCCUCCUCUGUUGAACAAGAAACCGCCACUGUUACGCCACUAUUGACACCAACAACCACCAAAGAACCCGCAUCAGGUACAAUACAAAUAACAUCCCCAUCACAACACUCAGUUCCAACACCAAUCCCAGCAAUAACAACAACAACAACAACAACAAAAGCAGCAGCAGCUUUGUUUGAUAAUACAGCAACAAUGUCUUCUAAUCAACCAUUUACUAACCAACUCCAAUCGAUCGAUCCCACCUCGACUAACGCACCACCACCACAACCACCAUACCCACAACUACACCAACACUUACUCCAACAACAUCAACAACAACCACAACAACACACUCUACAAUCAACAACGGCAACUGCAAUCAUCAAUCAACAACAACAACCAUCAUCCACCAACAUGAAACAAUCAAAUAACACCACAAUCUCAACAACAACCACAAUCACAACCACUACGACCCCGUCUUGUUGUACCAACUCCAUCGCCACAGAUAGCCAAGUCUCGGUCUCGGUUUCGGCCUCGGUCUCAUCGGCGAACUCGUCCACAUCGUCGCGUCGCCAAAGACACAGUAUUGCCGGCCAGAUGUCCUAUAUGAAAAUGUUGGGUUUCGGUGGUUUUAGCAAAAAGAUGGCCACCAGCACGAAUAGCCUUUUCAGCACCGCCGUCAUUAGCGGCAGUUCCUCGGCACCGAACUUGCGCGACAUGAUACCGGUCUCCUCCUCCGGAUUUGGAGAUGUGCCGCCGAUUCGGCCACUGGAAACACUUCACAACGCGCUGUCCCUACGUAAGCUGGAUAGCUUCCUGCAGGACAUGAUUCUGGCGCAGAUCUUUAAGACACCGACAGGAUCACCGCCGCGGGGCUUUGAGGCACCUUGCGACCUGCCGGCGGUCUCCUCCCUGACGCUCGGCACGCACCGACCGCCGACGUUGGUCGAUGUGACGCCCUCGAGCACUACGGCCACGGCCACACCCACGGAGGUGCCACGCGGCGGCAGCGAGUCCAGCUCGGCCAGGCAGUGCUCCCUGGAUAGCCAGUCGAGGGCGGACCCCCGGUCCUCCAACCAGGAGCCGGGCACGAAGCCUUGGCAGCCACAGGAUAGAUAUUCGUUGGAGGAGAAGGAAGAGGAGAAGCCAAAAGAAGAGGAGGAGCAGGAGGAGGCUUCAUCUCUCCCACCGGAAGUGGAGAGCAGCCUGGAGAUAACCAUGGAGAACGUCGAGUUCGAGCACGACGAGGACGGACAGUUCGAGCCUCUGAACCAGGACACCCUUGGCAGAGGCUUCUUCCUGAGCGUUGGAGAGCAGGAAGCCGGUGGCGGAGGCAGUGGAAGCACUUGCCUCACCCCAGUCAGCUUCGGUAUGGAUCUGAAUCUCAGCAUGGUGGCCAACAAGGGCUCCAUGUCGCUCUCAAUGGAUGGCUUUGAGGACGACGAGGACCCCACUUUGUCGGCGGCCACCACUCCGUCGCUGCCCGCGGACGGCGAACCUCACCUGGAGACCUGCUACUGCUGCCCCAGCCACGCCGAAGCUCCGCCGGAGGUGGCCAGCGACGAUCCGCGCUUCGGUUUCGCUUUGCCCGUCCGUGUGGUCACCCAGGCGUCGCCGGAGCAUGUGCGUCAGGUGCGACGGGCCCACGAUCCGGUGUCGCCGCGCAUCCAGAAACAGAUAAGCCUCUUCGAGGGCACUACCGCGGGCAGCGGUACGGACAAGACGGAUUCCAGUGGCUCGGUGGCCGGCGGAGGAGCUGGAGCGGCUGCUCUGCACGCUUCGAUCAACAUACCGUCGGCGCAGCAUUUGCGGCAGGAUGCCCGGCUGCGCAAGUUCGAGAAUCUCACGCAGUCCACGUCGAACUCAAACUUUCCCUUCGAGAGCAACACGCUCAAGCGGGUGCCCAUGCAGGCCACUGGGGACUACUCCAACGUGAGCCACACCCAGAGCUGCAUCAACCUGAAGAGCGGCGUGAGCAGCGCUGCUCUGGGGGGAUCGCCGCAGCACCAGAGAGGAACAGUCGCACCAGGCGGCCGGGGUGGAGAGCCAGUGGAGCGGGAAGCGUCGGCGGGAGCAGCCCACUUGGGCCGCCUCGUAAGCACCUGCUGCUCCGCGUCUGCAUCGGCUUCCGCCUCGCCGUCGCCGUCCCCUUCCCCAUCGCCGGGAGCUCUGAUCGUGAAGGAGCGCUUCAUCGAGCCACCCAAGAAGGGCAUCAUCCGGGGCUACCACGGCAAGACGCAGUCCAUGGAUGCGGACUUUCUGUUCAACGAGUUCCUGCUCCUGCCGGCGAUGGCGCCCGCUAAGCUCUCCAUCGACAGCUCGGACAUAGACAAGGUAGAGGAGCACCCCGUGGCCUCCACCAGCAAGAAGCCGCCAUUUUGAAUCCUCUUUUUUUCCUUCGUGAAUGCUGAUCUUAAUCUAAACUCGCUUCUUAGCUAUGAAAUCUUAAAAAAUUAAUCAAACUUGUUGUUGUUGUUGGGCCAAGCAAAUAAAAUAAAACGGCAAUCUCUAUUUUUCUGUCCAAAAAGAAA